UAAAAACACAGACAUGGCUUCCAUUCCAUGCACUACAGCUCCUACCCACUCAUGCUUCGCCUCCAACUCCUUCAAUUCUCCUACUUCUUCAGUCAAACUCAACACCAGGUUUCUGGGUACCCGGAAUAGGCUGGGUUGGGUCAGACCCUUUGGUCUUGGACCCUCCAAUGGCUCCAGAGCCAAGUGCUGGUUCAAGUUCGGUAAAAACGGUGUAGACGCAGAGGGUGCUGGAAUCUAUGGAAGCCAAUCCCGUGAUGAUUUUGAUAAAGAUGACGUUGAGCAGUACUUUAACUACAUGGGAAUGCUUGCUGUGGAGGGUACAUAUGAUAAGAUGAAUGCUCUUUUAAGCCAAAAUAUCCACCCAGUAGAUAUUCUACUGUUGAUGGCUGCCUCAGAAGGUGACAAGCCGAAAAUUGAAGAACUUUUAAGAGCAGGAGCUAGUUACAAUGUCAAAGACGCUGAUGGACGGACAGCUCUUGAUAGGGCUGCAAAUGAUGAAAUUAAAGACUUUAUUCUUGGUUUUUCAGUUCAAAAGGCAUGAAUGGUUAAUUUUGUUUCAAUAUUUUGUUGUGUUUGAUGACUUUCUCUGAAUCUCCUCAUGUAAUCAGUUCAAUAGUAGAUUGUUGCAUCUUUUUUUAAU